AGGAGAGUAUCAAGAAGGCUCUGCACAUUAUGACCACAGAGACAGGUGCCACAGCUGUCCCCAUCCUCCUGGAAGACUCUGGUUCCACCAUCAUGGAGAAAGUUGAGAGAAUUACUGGUGAAAUUCCUCUAAAGAAGUUAACUGUUGAUCAUCUUCGUGGGAUGAGUAAGGCUGUCAAGAGGCUGGUGGAGGCUGGCCUGGUGCUGGGUGUCCAGCAAGACCACGAUGUCCUCCGCUACUCCAGAAUAACUUUACAAGAUGGUCAACUGCAUCUCCACGCUCUCCAGCAUCAACCACCACCCACCCACGCCCACACUGUUCAGGUGAGGGAGGUGAUGAAGAUGAUGGCGUCAUCCUCGUGUGUGGUAUUUCUUGAUCUGGCCUGGCCUGACCUGGCCUGGCCUGGCUCUACCAGGCCUGGCUCUACCAGAGGAAGACUCCACAUCCAGCUGAAUACUGACACCAUGAUGGCCAGACAGUUUGUGUUGUUGUGUACUGGACAACAUCAGUCAGGCUUCUCCUUCCUCAACACUAAACUGUUGGAGGUGACGAACAAGGGUGAGCCAGGAGAGUGUGUGAGAGGUGGAGACUACCAGUAUAAUAAUGGUAGUGGAGGAGCACCAUUGCUAUCUCACCAGCGUAAUCACCAGUACCAGAAGUCAGGCAGUGCUGGUGCUGUGUGGUCAUGGGAUCAUCCGUGGAGUGGCAACAGUGCACAGUUUGUCAUCAGCACCAGGGACUGCAUUGAUGGUCGCCCGUGGUUCCGUGUCUUUGGUGAGGUAGUGAGUGGUCUGGAUGUGGUGAGAGCAGCAGUUAACCACAGUAACAUCACAAAAGUGACUGUGGUGGACUGUGGUGUUGUCUUGACUCUCUAGUUCACUCUACCAUCACUACUGUCACCAUCACUGUUGUGUAACACUAUCACUGCUCUGUUUCACCAUCACUGCUGUGUGUCAUCACUGCUGUUUCACCAUCAGUACUGUGUCACCAUUACUGUUGUGUAUCACCUUUACUGAGUUACCACUGUUGUCUCACCAUCACUACAGUGGUGUCACCAUCGCUACAGUGGUGUCACCAUCACUACAGUGGUGUGUCAUCACUAGAGUGGUGUCACCAUCACUACAGUGGUGUGUCACCAUCACUACAAUGGUGUCACCACUAUUACAGUACUAUGUCACCAACACUACAGCAGUGUGGCACCAUCACUAUAGUGGUGUCACCACCAUUACAGUACUAUGUCACCAUCACUACAGUGGUGUCACCACCAUUACAGUGCUAUGUCACCAACACUACAGCAGUGUGGCACCAUUACUGUAAUGGUGACACACCCAUCCUGUGGAUGGUAGUCUAAAAAGAUUAUAGAGGUACAUAACAGGUCCAGGAACUAGACCUCAACAUUUUAUUAACUAAGCAAGAUACAUAAUCAAGACAAUGAAACACAUUGUUACAAUCACACUGGUCGUAGGAACAGACAAAACAACUCUGUUGAUUAAUUGUUCCUAAGGUUGUGAGUUAUCAACAGUAGGUUAUCAACAGUAAGUUAUCAACAGUAAGUUAUCAACAGUAAGUUAUCAACAGUAAGUUAUAAACAGUAAGUUAUCAACAGUAAGUUAUCUACAGAAAGUUAUCUGCAGUAAGUUAUCAACAGUAAGUUAUCAACAGUAGGUUAUCAACAGUAAGUUAUCAACAGUAAGUUAUCAACAGUAAGUUAUCAACAGUAAGUUAUCUAUAGAAAGUUAUCUGCAGUAAGUUAUCAACAGUAAGUUAUCAACAGUAAGUUAUCAACAGUAAGUUAUCUGCAGUAAGUUAUCAACAGUAAGUUAUCAACAGUAAGUUAUCUACAGAAAGUUAUCUGCACUAAGUUAUCAACAGUAAGUUAUCAACAGUAAGUUAUCAACAGUAAUUUAUCUACAGUAAGUUAUCAACAGUAAGUUAUAAACAGUAAGUUAUCUACAGAAAGUUAUCUGCAGUAAGUUAUCAACAGUAAGUUAUCAACAGUAGGUUAUCAACAGUAAGUUAUCAACAGUAAGUUAUCAACAGUAAGUUAUCUGCAGUAAGUUAUCAACAGUAAGUCAUCAACAGUAAGUUAUCAACAGUAAGUUAUCUGCAGUAAGUUAUCAACAGUAAGUUAUCAACACUAAGUUAUCAACAGUAAGUUAUUAACAGUAAGUUAUCAACAGUAAGUUAUCAACAGUAAGUUAUCAACAGUAAGUUAUCAACAGUAAGUUAUCUACAGUAAGUUAUCAACAGUAAGUUAUUAACAGUAAGUUAUCAACAGUAAGUUAUCUACAGUAAGUUAUCAACAGUAAGUUAUCUACAGUAAGUUAUCAACAGUAAGUUAUCAACAGUAAGUUAUCUACAGUAAGUUAUUAACAGUAAGUUAUCUACAGUAAGUUAUCAACAGUAAGUUAUCUACAGUAAGUUAUCUACAGUAAGUUAUCAACAGUAAGUUAUCUACAGUAAGUUAUCAACAGUAAGUUAUCUACAGUAAGUUAUUAACAGUAAGUUAUCUACAGUAAUCUCUUCAAGGGGGGCUCCUUGGCGUGGUGAAGAGGCUCUUGGUCUGAGGAAUUAGACCUGUCGGUCUCCUUCCUCAGACCGAACCUAAUUACCCCCCAAUCCCCCCUUCCCUAUCCCAUCCUCCCCAUCCUUCCCUUUUUCCUUUCAUCCUCCUCCUCCCCACCCCUCCUUUUGCCCUUCCUUUUCGGCUUUUGUGAUUUUUUCCCACAGGCGCGCUAGUUCCUAGGUGGGGGAAAGGGUACCGGGGUCCAUCCCAUUCCGUUGAGGUUCUUAGCGGUGGCAUAGUUUGCCGUGGAACCUGGACGCCUGGGGAUGUCCCGAUCCCUCUCCUGUAUCCCGGAGGGUGGCUUUGGGUGUCUUUCGGGCGUUGGGUGUAUCUCUGGAAGCCACCUUUCAGAUUCUGGGGGUGGUGGCCGAAGGAGGUAUGCUUUGUGGCGGAUAUCUGGCCGCCCUCUCUUUUGUCCACCGAGGUAGCUCGGCAGAUGUAAGGUUGCUAUCCUGGAUUGCUGGUUUACAGGCAUGAUGGGUAGGGUAUGGCAUGGGUUCCAUGCUGCAUCUGCACUACUUGUGGUGCUGAGGUCCUCUUGGGCCUGGAGGGAGAUUUCUGGCCCUUUCAUUCCUCCUAGGAACUAUUCUUCCUAGGAACUAUUCCUCCUCACUCCCCCCUUUUGUUUCUUUUUUUAUUUUUAUUUUCUUUUCUUCUUCCUUUUUUUUUCUUAAAAACAAAAAGAAAGAAGUAACCUAACCAUGGAGUACCCGAUCCAUGACCCCUUUACCACUGGGCCCCUUAUUGUUACCGCACCCCGUUCUGACCUCGCCUCAUCUUUUGGCCACUCUUCGGACAUUCCUAAGGUCCCUGUACCUCUUGCUGGUGCUGUUUCGUCACCUGCUUCAGGUGCCGGGGUUUCGACUGACUCCUUCGAUUUGUCUGACCUCUGCUCUCCUUUGACUAUGCUUCCGGCUUCUCCCUCUACGGUUCGGCGAUUUUCGAAUCGCCAGCCAGUCCCACAUUGGACCGACUCUGGUCCCACUUCUAAAUGCCAAUGACAAUCUCUUGAUGAUGUUACUUCGUUACCUUCCCAUUCUACUCGGAAAAGACCAACACGUCAUGCACUCCCUCUCCACACUCAGUUUCGGACCACACAAUGGACUAAAUUCUUUACAUUAAGACCGACUUCUUCUACUGCCUAUCUUUCCGACCAUAGUAUUGGCAAAGCGCUCCUAUGCCUCGUUGGUAGAGAUAUUUCCUUUCAUGCUCUUAAGAGUGGUAUGCACAUCAUCACAGUCCAGAAUUCUACCCAAGCUCAUUAUCUUUCUCUUCUUUCAUAUAUCCAUACUAUUCCUAUCAUUAUCGAAAAACAUCAUUCCCUCAAUUCUUGUAGUGGUACUGUUAUUCUGCACCAUACCAUAGUCCAACAGAAUUUCAAGACAUGUGGCACUGACAUUCUCGAGCAGCUGGAACUCCAAGAUCUCCCAAUUCUCCAGGUAGACACUUAUGUUCUUCCUGCCCGCGGGCGAAGACUUGCAAUGUGGCUCGUUUAACUUUUGACAACCGCGAACUCCCAUCCUCUGUUUAUGUAGCAGGACAUCGGCUACAAGUUUGGAAGAUGAUCCCUACACCACAACAGUGUAGGAAUUGCUGGCGAUUUGGCCACCCAGCAAAAUAUUGCAGACCUAUAGCCGAAUGCCCAGUCUGUGGUGCCGAUGACCAUUCUUAUACGUCUUGCAGUCGAGCUCCCUCUUGCCUUAAUUGUCAUGAGGCUCAUCCUUCGUACUCUCGCCGUUGCCAGGUCUACUUAAUGAGCGGGAAAUUCGUUGCCUCAAAGAUUCAGAAGGUCUCCACCUCCAAGGGAGACUGCCCCGUGUUUCUUAUUCUCAUGUUUCAAAGCAUCCCCCCACUUCUGGGGUCACAUCUUCUGCAGCCUCCUCUGUGGGUGCCAGUCCCAUAGUCACUCCUGUAUCUAAUUCUUUUGCUGUCCUGGGCUCAGACGUCCCUACUUCAACUCCUCAGUCUGUUCUCCCUCACAAACCAUGGUAUCGACAAGACCUCGUACAACACCUCCCAAUCGUCCCUCUACUUCUGAGAGGUCAAAAAAAUCUCCUUUAACCCCUCCUUCCCUUCAUCCACCUCCACAUUUUACCUUCCGGGUCUCUGUACCUGGGUCUUCCCCAUUCACUGGCUCUGUUACAAGUGUGGAGGUUCAUCCUCCUCCUCAUACUGUGCCUUCCUCCCCUGUCCACUCCCAAGUUUCUUCCUCUUCUGCCACCUCCCAGGUUUCUGCCUCUUCUGUCCCCUCCCACACUUCUCCAGUUCCCUCCACCCUUUCGCCCCCCCCUACCUUGGUACAGUCCAUUACAGCUUUGAUCUUUACUCAAACUCCUCCUUCUUCCAUUUCCAAUAUUGUCUCCCAUACGACAUCUCUGAACUCCGAAACACUUGAAGCAAUCUCUGAAUAUAUUGCAGAGACCAAACCAUCAAUGGACACUGAUCCACCCUCUGUUCCUUCUCUUUCCUCUUCUCCAUCUGCACAACUCCUUUCUUCACAACGCACUGUUCCUUCGCUACUUGAACGUUUUCCUUUGCCACCGCAUGUGGACUUUUCUAACCCCUCUAGUCUGUAGCUAUCUUUAUCGUUGCCAAUCAUGGCCUAUUUACAGUGGAAUAUUCGCAGCCUCAGGGGUAAUCGGGGUGAGCCUCAGAUGUUGCUCUCCCAGUUUUCCCCUGAUGGUGUUUGCUUACAGGAACCAAAAUUACACUCUGUCGUUAUCUCUCCCAUCUCAGGCUAUAAUUUAUUGUAUUCUUCAGAUCCUUUUCCUGAUGGGACCUUUAAUGAAAGUUCCCUUCUUCUACACACUGAUAUUCUGUACCAUCAGCUAUUUGUUCGUACAUCGCUGUAUUACACAGCAGCCCAUAUCUACCUGCAUAGUUGGUAUACACUGUUCUUUGUAUCUCUCUCCUUCUCGGGCAUUACCUAUCCCGGAUAUUGCCUUUCUUGUUUCCUCAUUACAGCCACCGCUUCUGUUACUUGGCGAUUUAAUGCCCAUCAUUUCCUCUGGGGGGUCUCACUGUGAUUCCUGUGGCAUUCAGUUAGAGGCUUUUCUUGCUACCCACCCCCACCAUGUUUUAAAUACAGGUACUAACACCCAUUUUGAUCCUCGGACUCGUACUCUCUCUUGCAUCGAUCUCUCAGUCUGCUCUUCCUCCGCCGCAUUAGACUUCACCUGGUCUGUUCUCCCGGAUUUACAUGACAGCGAUCAUUUCCCAAUCAUUCUUAAUUCCCCUUCAUAUUCACCACCUCUUCGUAACCCACACUGGCAAUUUGAUCAGGCAAAUUGGAACCUUUACUCUCAAAUAAGUGUUUUUAGUGAGGUCCCUUCUUCGUCCUCCAUUGAUGAGCUUUUACACCUCUUCUCGUCUUCCGUUUUAACCGAAGCUUCUCAUUUUAUACCCCAAACUUUGGGCAGGCAUUCUCAGAAAUGCAUGCCUUGGUGGUCUCCUGCUUGUUCUCACGCAGUACAUUUGAAACGCGCUGCGUGGGGAAGGUACUGGUAAAAUAGAACCAUGGAGAGACUUCUUGAUUUUAAGCAGAAGUGUGCAAUCGCUCACCGUGUCAUCCGUGAUGCUAAACGCACUUGCUGGCGAGAUUAUGUCUCCACCAUCACCUCUGCUUCCUCUAUGAGUGCAGUCUGGAAAAAAGUACGAAAACUGAGUGGUAAAUAUUCUCCUGACCUGGCUCCUGUUCUGCGGGUUGCCGGUGUUGAUAUAGCAAACCCACUAGAUGUUGCCAAUGAAAUUGGCAAUCAUCUGGUCCAUAUUUCUCAGGGGCUCCAUAUAUGCCCCUCGUUUCUUUCCUCAAAGUCUGCCAGAGAGUUAGCACCCUUGGAUUUUUCUUCUCUCAGAGAAGAACAGUAUAAUGUGCCUUUUACACUUCAGGAACUGGAGGCAACACUCUCAGCUUGCCGAUCAUCGGCAGCUGGGCCCGACGACAUUCAUAUUCGUAUGCUACAACAUUUACAUCAGUCAGCCCUUGCAGUCCUAUUACGCCUUUUCAAUCUUAUUUGGUCACAAGGAGUUCUUCCACAGCUGUGGAAAUCUGCCAUUGUUCUCCCUUUCCGCAAACCGGGUACUACGGAACACGAAGCCUCCCACUAUCGUCCCAUUGUUCUUACCAGUGCAGUUUGCAAAGUGAUGGAAUGCCUGGUAAAUAGACGUUUAGUGUGGUAUUUAGAGACACACAACAGUCUGUCCACUCGUCAAUAUGGCUUUCGUAAGGGCCGUUCUACCAUAGACCCCUUACUAUGCUUGGAUACGUAUGUUCAUAAUGCCUUUGCAAAUAACCACUAAGUUAUUGCCAUAUUUUUUGACCUUGAGAAGCCAUAUGACACAACUUGGAGGUAUAAUAUUUUGGCUCAAGCCCACUCCUUAGGCCUUCGAGGCAAUCUACCAUCCUUCCUUAAGAAUUUUUAACUGACAGACAUUUCCGUGUUCGGGUUAAUAAUGUGUUCUCCCCGGACUUUAUCCAAGCUGAAGGUGUGUCCCAGGGAUGUGUUCUGAGCACAACACUUUUACUCCUUGCUAUAAAUGAUUUGGCCUCUAGUCUUCCAUCCAAUAUUUGGUCAUCACUCUGUGUUGAUGACUUCGCUAUUGCCUGUGCAGGCGCUGACUGUCACCUCAUUACAGUUUCUCUCCAGCAUGCGGUCGACCGUGUUUCCAAUUGGGCCAACACUCAUGGGUUUAAAUUUUCCAGUACCAAAACUCACCAAAUUACUUUCACUAGACGCUCUGUCAUCUCCGAUCAUCCUUUAUAUCUCUAUGGCACCCAUAUCGCUGAAUGUGAUACAGUCAGGUUUCUAGGCCUCCUCUUUGGCCAUAGGUUAUCCUAGAAACCUCACACUACCUCUCUGAAGACAACUUGUCACAACCGGCUGAACCUUCUUAAAACCCUUGUUCAUCUUUCAUGGGGAGCUGAUCAUCGAACUCUCCUUCGCCUACAUUCCACCCUCAUUUUAUCGAAACUUGAUUAUGGUGACCAGAUCUAUUCAGCUGCCUCUCCUGCUACUCUAUCUAGCCUCAACCCCAUUCAUCACCAAGGAUUACGUUUAUGCCUAGGUGCUUUUCGCUCUUCCCCUGUUAAGAGCCUCUAUGAAGAAGUGAACGUUCCAUCCUUAUCCGAUCGCCGUGAUGCCCAUUGCCUUCGCUACUAUGUACACUGUCAUGAUCUCCGCAAUCCUUCCAUUUAUAGAAUAGUCACCGAUAUUAGUAGACAUUCUUUAUUUGUUCGCCGCCGCUGUUUGCUCCGUCCCUUCUCUCUUCGCCUACAUUCGCUCUUGUCUUCUCUUCAAUUUCCACCUUUCUAUGUUCAAGUAGCAUCUCACUUUUCCCUACCCCCCUGGGAAGUUCCAACUGUUCAAGUCUGUUCUUUCUCACUCCCUUGCUCGAAAGCCCAACUGUCUAUGGUAGCUUCCCGCUCUCUUUUCCUUGAUCACUUCCACUCUCAUUCUCAUGCCAUUGCAGUGUACACAGAUGGCUCUAAGUCUUCUGACGGCGUCGGAUUUCCAGCAUUGUUUCCGGACAGCGUCGUACGAGGGCAUUUACUAUCUUCGGCUAGUAUCUUUACUGCUGAAUUGUAUGCCAUUCUUCCAGCACUUAUCCGUAUUGCAUCUAUGCCUGUGCCAUCAUUUGUGGUUGUCUCAGACUCCCUUAGUGCUUUACAGGCUAUACUGAAAUUUGAUACACCUAACUCCUUAGUCCUCUGUAUCCAACUUUGCCUACGCUGCAUCUCUACCAAGCAUAAACAUAUUGUUUUUUGUUGGGUCCCUGGUCAUGUUGACGUACAGGGCAAUGAACAGGCAGACACUGCUGCGCGGUCAGCAGUACAUGACCUACCAGUUUCAUAUAGAGGUAUUCCAUUUACGGACUAUUUUGCUGCAAUAGCUACCCACCUUCACAUCCGUUGGCAACGACGUUGGUCUACUAUGCUCGGUAACAAACUUCAAUCUAUUAAACCGAGUAUAGGAUACUGGCCGUCUUAUCACCAGUGUCGAGGUUGGGAGACUACUCUCUCACGUCUUCCCAUUGGCCAAACUCGUCUUACUCAUGGAUAUCUCAUGGAGAGGCGCCCUGCUCCUCUCUGUGAGAAUUGCCAGGCCCCAUUAUCAGUCAGCCACAUUCUGUUAGACUGCCCACUUUAUCAACGAGCACGCAGAAUAUACUUCCAACGUCGUCUUCGCUCCGCUGCUCUCUCUUUACCUUCCCUUCUUGCUGAUGGACCCACCUUUCAUCCAGACUUUCUCGUUGACUUUUUGACAACAACUGACUUCACAAACUCUGAUACCUUCAGCCCUUUCUACCUCAAUCUCUUGCUACCCUCUACCCCCGCAGUAUCCCCUGCCCCGCUGUUUUCUGUAACCUACUGAUCGCCCCUCCCCCCUUCUGCCGCUCAAUACCCUCGCUUCCUUCCCUACCCUGCAACGCUGUAUAGCCCUUGUGGCUUAGUUCUUCUUUUUGAUUAUAAUAUAAUAAUAAUAUCUACAGUACGCUAUCAACAGUAAGUUAUGAACAGUAAGUUAUCUACAGUAAGUUAUCAACAGUAAGUCAUCAACAGUAAGUUAUCAACAGUAAGUCAUCAACAGUAAGUUAUCAACAGUAAGUUAUCAACAGUAAGUUAUCUACAGUAAGUUAUCAACAGUAAGUCAUCAACAGUAAGUUAUCAACAGUAAGUUAUCAACAGUAAGUUAUCUACAGUAAGUUAUCAACAGUAAGUCAUCAACAGUAAGUUAUCUACAGUAAGUUAUCAACAGUAAGUCAUCAACAGUAAGUUAUCAACAGUAAGUUAUCUACAGUAAGUUAUCAACAGUAAGUCAUCAACAGUAAGUUAUCAACAGUAAGUCAUCAACAGUAAGUUAUCAACAGUAAGUUAUCUACAGGAAGUUAUCAACAGUAAGUCAUCAACAGUAAGUUAUCAACAGUAAGUCAUCAACAGUAAGUUAUCAACAGUAAGUUAUCUACAGUAAGUUAUCAACAGUAAGUCAUCAACAGUAAGUUAUCAACAGUAAGUUAUCUACAGUAAGUCAUCAACAGUAAGUUAUCUACAGUAAGUCAUCUACAGUAAGUCAUCAACAGUAAGUCAUCAACAGUAAGUUAUCAACAGUAAGUUAUCAACAGUAAGUUAUCUACAGUAAGUUAUCAACAGUAAAUCAUCAACAGUAAGUUAUCAACAGUAAGUUAUCAACAGUAAGUCAUCAACAGUAAGUUAUCAACAGUAAGUUAUCAACAGUAAGUUAUCUACAGUAAGUUAUCAACAGUAAGUCAUCAACAGUAAGUUAUCAACAGUAAGUUAUCUACAGUAAGUCAUCAACAGUAAGUUAUCAACAGUAAGUUAUCUACAGUAAGUUAUCAACAGUAAGUUAUCUACAGUAAGUCAUCAACAGUAAGUUAUCAACAGUAAGUUAUCUACAGUAAGCAAAAUCAAGAUAUUUUUUCCAAAAAUUUCUGGCAGUUUAAUUAUGAAUGAUAUUUUCAUCAAUUUCUUAAAUAUUCGUCAGUAAAUUCUCUCUGAAUUUGUUUGUAUUCAAAUACAGCUGUAGUUUAUGUGAGUAACUGUUGGCAAAGUUUAUGUUAAUAGAUCUACACAACCAUACUGAACAUUCUACAAUGUUUAUGUUAAUAGAUCUACACAACCAUACUGAACAUUCUACAAUGUUUAUGUUAAUAGAUCUACACAACCAUACUGAACAUUCUACAAUGUUUAUGUUAAUAGAUCUACACAACCAUACUGAACAUUCUACAAUGUUUAUGUUAAUAGAUCUACACAACCAUACUGAACAUUCUACAAUGUUUAUGUUAAUAUAUCUACACAACCAUACUGUACAUUCUACAAUGUUUAUGUUAAUAGAUCUACACAACCAUACUGUACAUUCUACAAUGUUUAUGUUAAUAGAUCUACACAACCAUACUGAACAUUCUACAAUGUUUAUGUUAAUAGAUCUACACAACCAUACUGAACAUUCUACAAUGUUUAUGUUAAUAGAUCUACAGAAACAUACUGUACGAAUUGAGACACUUAUGCAACACAUGGGAAUCUUUAUUGAAGAAACGUUUCUCCACACAGUGGCUUCAUCAGUCCAAUACAAAGUAGAAAUGGGUAA